AUGGCAGAGAAAAUUUUGAAAUGGAGCCUUGGAGGGAAGAAAGAGAACAAGUGGAGGGAGAUCAACGGUUUAGAUUUGUUCAUCUCUGAACAUGAAGUUGAACACAUUAAAAAGCAUCCACGAGCCAAAUUGAUACGGCUCGGCAUUGGUGAUACUACAGAACCUAUACCAGACAUCAUAACAACAGCUAUGGUCGGUCGUGCUCGUGCUCUAUCGACUAUUCGCGGUUAUAAAGGAUAUGGAGCUGAACAAGGAAGCAUGGAGUUAAGAAUGGCGAUUGCAGAAACAAUUUACAGAGAUAUGGAUAUAAAAGGUUACGAAGUUUUUGUAUCAGAUGGUGCACAAUGUGAUAUUUCUCGUCUUCAGAUGCUCUUCGGAUCUAAUGCUACUAUUGCUGUACAAGAUCCAUCUUUUCCGGCGUAUAUAGAUACCGGUGUCAUUAUUGGUCAAGCUGGGAGAUUUAAAGAGGAAACUGGGAAGUAUUCCCAGAUUGCAUACAUGGCAUGUCAGCCUGAGAAUAAUUUCUUUCCUGAUUUGUCCAUUACUGGAAAGACAGACAUUAUUUUCUUCUGUUCUCCAAACAAUCCAACUGGUCAUGCCGCAACAAGACAGCAACUGGAGAAACUUGUGGAGUUUGCAAAGGAAAAUGGAUCAAUUAUUGUUUAUGACUCUGCAUAUGCUGCUUAUAUAACUGAUGCAAGCCCAAGAUCCAUCUAUGAAAUUCCUGGUUCUAAGGAGGUUGCAAUUGAAAUUUCAUCCUUCUCAAAAUUUGCUGGAUUUACCGGAGUUCGCCUUGGCUGGACAGUGGUCCCUGAAGAACUACGCUAUUCAAAUGGAUUUCCUGUUAUAAAGGAUUUCAAUCGCGUUGUAUGCACCUGCUUCAAUGGUGCAUCCAUUAUUGCUCAAGCAGGAGGACUAGCUUGCCUCUCUGUAGAUGGUUAUCAGGCCUUGAGAAAUGUGAUUAAAUACUACAUGGAUAAUGCUGGAAUACUCAUUGAAGCAUUCGAAUCGCUUGGGAUGAAAGUUUAUGGUGGAAAGAAUGCACCUUAUAUCUGGGUGCAUUUUCCAGGCUCCAAUUCUUGGAAUGUAUUUGCUGAAAUUCUGGAGAAGACGCACAUCCUUACCGUUCCGGGCAAAGGAUUUGGUCCUGGUGGAGAAGAGUAUAUUAGAGUCAGUGCAUUUGGAAAAAGAGAAAGCAUAGUAGAAGCUUCAAGGAGAUUGAAGAAGUUAUAUAAGAGAUAAUCAAUUAUAUCAGAAAUCUCAAACUUAUAAUAAAAAUAGCAUAAGUUAUGAAUAAAAAAUUAGAAAUCAAGAAAAAAAAUUUACGCAGUGAUGAGUUUCCUCCUCUGUGAUCGUCCAAGCAAUAAUCUAUGCGAUCCAUUAAUUCCACUAGAAUUUGUAGCAAUACUAGUGGAGUGUUUGUAUCAAUAUGAAAUGAGAAAUUCAUAAAAUUUUUGUGACUGGAGUGAUCUAGAUAAGGCAACAUUAAGGUUUAAGACAAGUUGAAUUGAAGAGAAAAAGAAAAUUGCAAAAGGCAAAGAAUUAAUAUCGAAAGCCAAACGUGAACUUACACUAAUAGAGUUUUUAUUUCUCGAAGAAAUGAGCUUUUG